CACUCACACACACACACACAAAGGAGGGGGCGGGUGGAUGCAGCUCGGUGCGAAGCCGACGAGGAGGCACGGGAGCGGAGCCAGCAGCGUUUACACGCCGGACCGCCGAGUGUGUGGGGUGUGUGUGACGGGGAGGAGAGGAGAGGAGAGGAGGAGCUCCUUUGUUUUCACACGCGCUGUUCCGUGUGUGUCGCCGCCAAACGCUCAUUUCAGCGCAACAUGAGACGAGUGUGUUCGCGUCGCGUGCGGUCGGCGCGUCGCUCACAUUGUUUCACCUGCCGCGCGCUGUAGCUGCGCUCACGCGACACUCCGCUUGCAUCGCGUCGCGCUGUGCUACGCGCUCGCGCGCCCUGGGCCGUCGCCUCUCGCCCGCUCGCGGCUCGCGCGCGGCCACCGGCAGCGCAUCGCCAUGCCGGCCGGGAUGAAGCCCCUGGAGAAGUUCCUGAAGAAGCAGAGCUCGGCGCUCGCUCGGCCCGGGAGCUUCGCGGACAAGGCGGCCGGUGGCGGGGCUGCGCGGCGGCGCGCCAGCCUCUCCCGGGUCAUGCCCUUCUUCCGCGAGAGCUCCCCGGAGAGCGGCCCGGCGCCGCGGGAGCUCUUGAGUCCAGAAUCGGAGGAGCCGCCGUGCUGGGAGCUGCGCAGUCCGUCCCUGUCGAGCGACGAGCAGAGCCAGAGCUCCGAGGGCAGCGCCGGCGAGGCGCCGUGGAGCCCCGUCCCGCCGGACACCGCGGAGAACCUGCUCGUGGCGCUGCUCGAGAGCGUGGUGGGGGGCAGGAGGCUGGGCGGGUGCACAGAGACACUCCUGGAUGACUUCAUGCUGACACACCCCAUCUUCCUGGCCCCAGACAAGCUCCAGCAGAUCCUCCUGGAACAAUUUGGGGUCGAGGGGAAGCCGGGGGAUGCCUGGCCCAGCUUGGAUGGGGCGGAGAGAAAACAGGCUGUGUUAAACGUGGCCUUCCGCUAUUUGGACACUUACCGAGAGUUGCUGCUAGAGGAGGGCGAGAGGUCAAACAGCUUUGCCAAGGAGCUGUAUGUGCGUGCCGCCCAGGAGCUGAGCCGAUAUCCAGAGCUGGUCGAGGACAUCCUCAAGCUGCAGCGCUGGACUGAGAUACUGCAGGGCCAAAGUGAGGAAGACAAGGACAACAAGAAGAAGCAAGUGCGACCGCUCUUCCGCCAUUUCCGCCGCAUCGACUCCUGCCUGCAGCCCCGAGAGGCCUUCCGAGGAUCGGACGAGAUCUUCUGCAGGGUGUACAUGCCAGACCACUCGUACGUCACCAUCCGCAGCCGACUGUCGUGCCGCGUGGGUGAGAUCCUGGCUCUCGUGCAGGAAAAGCUGCAGUACAGCGAGGAUCAGCCAAGUCGCCCGGGAACGCUCAUUCUCGUGGCCGUCACGUCCUCCGGAGAAAAGGCCAUGUUUCGCCCCAGUGAUGAGGCUGUCUUCACCACGCUGGGUGUCAAUACACACCUGUUUGCCUGUGAGCCGCACGAACUGGAUGCCCUGCUCCCGUUGCCCGAGGAGGUCCACUGGUCCCCGGGGGACAGCAAGCUGCACGACAUGAGCGCUGAGGAGGUGGCCAACCAGCUGGUCUCCUUCGACUGGGAGCUCUUCAGCUGCGUGCAUGAGGUCGAGUUUGUGUGUUACGUGUUCCACGGAGAACAGGCUCGCUGGCGCCCCCUCAACCUAGAGCUGGUGCUGCAGCGCUGCAGUGAGGUGCAGCACUGGGUCGCCACGGAGAUCCUGCAGUGCCAGUCGGUGCCCAAGAGAGUGCAGCUACUGCGCAAGUUCAUAAAGAUGGCAGCGCUGUGUAAGCAGCAGCAGGAUCUGCUGUCCUUCCUGGCCCUCAUCCUUGGGCUGGACAACCCUGCGGUCAGUCGCCUGCGCCUCACUUGGGAGGGGCUGCCAGGGAAAUUUAAGAAACAGUUCCAGCAAUUCGAGGCCAUUGCGGAUCCCUCUAGGAAUCACAAGUCAUAUCGGGAGCUGAUAGCCAGGCUGCGACCACCACUGAUCCCCUUUACCCCGCUGCUGCUAAAAGACUUGACAUUCCUCCAUGAGAGCUGUAAGACCUUCUACGGCGACCUGGUCAACUUUGAGAAGAUGCACAAGGUGGCAGAGAUGGUGAGGAGCAUCAGGCGCUACAGGAGCACCCAGCUGGCUCUGGACAUGGAGCCCUCCCCCUCGUACCUGCAAACCAAGGCGUACGUGCGUCAGCUGCAGGUCAUUGACAAUCAGAACCUGCUCUUUGAGAUGUCCUGUAAGCUGGAGCCGAAGGAGGCCUGAACGCUGAGAUGCUGUUUGUCGGAGGAGGCUACUCCCCUGCCCUCUCCUGUCCCGUCCCCUCCAAUUGUCACACAGAUGUGAGUGUAAGCGUUUGAUGGUUCCCUACACACUGCAAUAUUUGAGUUUUUCAUUGCUGCCGGAGGACGAUGAGUGCGCUCCUGUUUCACUGAUGUGGCCACGUUGGAGCAGCAGCUGCAGACAGAUGUGCGAAGGUCCUAAUGCCGUGUGUGUUCCUCACACACCUGUACAAUACUGUAAAUAGUCAACAAUAAGACAGAAGACUCUAUUUUAUGUGUGAGCUGAAAGAUGGAGGUGUGCCACAGAAUUUUUGUAUAUUUGCGAACUGUACAGAGUGAGGCCUGCAGAACCACAGGGAUUGUACAGAUUCUUCUAUUUUUUGGAGAGUUUUGUUGUUGUUUAUGAAAAAAAGGUCUGCGUUUAAAAUCAUCGAUCUGCAAACUGAGACGUAUCAAAGUCAUCCGCAUACAAGAGUCUCAUGCUGCAACCUUGGAAAGAAUACUCUAAUUAAAGCCUGUUCUGAUGAACAUGUCUGCUGUGCCA